CACUUUGUCAGCUACGGACGGUCGGGUUCCACUACUUAUCAAUCAAUAAUACAACAACGUUUUUACUAUUAUUACAUACAACAAUUUUAUUUUUAUUUGAAAUUCUCUCGAAUUGGCUGUGAAAAUUAUUAGGACAAGUUCGAACUGAUUGAAAGUGCCUCUUAUUAUUAUUAUUAUUAAUAUAAUAUCUUAGUGUCGUACUUACGGAACGCUUUUUACACGUUCCAGCUGUGAUUGAAGAUGCUUCGAAAGUGAUACGAAAAACUCGUUGACGUUAUCUGCGGUCCAGAUAAUAAACAUUAAAAAAAAAAAAAAGUUCAACUUAUUGUAAUAACGGUGUGUGCGUGUGUAUGUGUGUGUAUAUAUUCGAUUGACAACAGGUUGUUGUCGACUCACGUGGCAACAUGGCGUCGCUUCGCGUUUGUUUAUCAUAAAAAUCUUAAAAUAAAAUUAAAAAAAAAAAAACACCGGAUAUCAAUUGUUUUUUUCAUUGAGGGAUAAAUGAGUAUAAUAAAAGGGUUGAAAAUGACCGGCCCUCAUCAUAUUUGCGUGUUGUAUGUGACUACGGGAGGACUGCAGGGACCUCUCUUGGGUAGCGACGAACAGGAAAUCGUUCUACUUAUUUAUGUUAUUGUGGAUGUUUUACAAAAUAAGAUCGUGGGAGUGCAACAGUACCCCAUCAGACCAACAGGUGUUCCUAGUCAAAUGGAGGGCGGCGUGGGGGGCGGCGACCCCAACGGCAACGUCAUCAUCGGACCCGAAUUACAGGCAGAAUCGACGCUCACUGACGAACUGGUGAGGACGUCGGGACGCCGUCUCGACGAAGCCCUAGCCGAAUUCGAGGCCUAUUGUGCCUCCUUACAUUUGGACCCUCACAAUCAAGGAUUUAGGUUAGUAACAGACGGACAAUUGCCGAUACGACAAUGUCUGCAUCCGGAGGUGUGGCGGAAAGAGUUCGAACUACCGGACUACUACAACUCGUUUCACGAUUUGAGGAAAGAGGUCGCUCAAUUUUUGAGUAGGGAGGAGCAUCCCGCCAGUGUGGGCGAAAUGGUCGACUUGUUAGAACUGAAACCGGAGUGUGAAAAUGAAUUUUACAAAAAAGAAGCCAAAGACAUGGUCAAUAUCGUACGAAAAUUAAUUAUGGAAGGGCACAGAUUUGAACUGCUUGAGACUGUUAAUUUAGUGUUGGAACCCGGUAUUUUGUCGAAAGACGAUGAAAUAGAUUCGAAUUGUGUGGUGAGAGCUCGAGGGUUACCGUGGCAAAGCAGCGAUCAGGAUAUUGCCAAAUUUUUUAGGGGCCUAAAUGUCGCCAAGGGCGGCGUAGGUAUUUGUCUGUCAAGCCAGGGACGUCGUAACGGGGAGGCUUUGGUCCGUUUCGUAUCUCAGGAGCACCGAGACAUCGCGUUAAAAAGGCACAAGCACCACAUCGGGCCCCGUUACAUCGAAGUUUAUCGUGCGACCGGCGAAGACUUUUUAUCUGUCGCAGGAGGGAGCAGCUGCGAAGCCCUGGCGUUCCUCAGUAGGGAUCCUAAGGUGAUUGUCCGCAUGCGCGGACUCCCUUAUGAUUGCAAUGCACAACAAGUUCUGGAUUUCUUCGCUUCGGGCGAGAACCCGUGCACGGUGAUGGACGGGGUGGAGGGCGUCCUUUUCGUGAAAAAACCGGACGGACGCGCCACCGGCGACGCCUUCGUGUCCUUCAAUGACGAAAUGGACGCACCGAAAGCGCUCGCGAAACAUCGCGAAGUCAUCGGGUCUCGGUACAUCGAAUUGUUCAGGUCGACAACGGCCGAAGUGCAACAGGUUUUAAACCGUUCGAUGGUAAUGGAACCUCCUGCAACUGCUCAGGGCCUACCGCCACUUCCAAUCACUAAUUACCCCCUGCUGCCCCAACACAUGAUUACCUCAGGAACUAGGAAGGAUUGCGUAAGAUUGCGCGGUUUACCCUACGAGGCUCAUGUCGAACAUAUCCUUGAUUUCUUAGGCGAGUACGCCAAGAAUAUCGUUUAUCAGGGGGUGCAUAUGGUUUAUAACGCACAGGGUCAACCGAGUGGUGAGGCGUUCAUCCAAAUGGACUCGGAACAGUCCGCAUUCAUUACCGCCCAACACAAACACCAUCGAUACAUGAUUUUCGGCAAAAAACAACGUUACAUCGAAGUAUUCCAGUGUUCGGGGGAGGACAUGAACAUGGUGCUAACCGGAGGUUUACCUGCUCCAACAUCGCCUUCCGGACUGGGCGGCACGAAACCGCCCUCGGCGGCCGUAACCCCGACGGCAGCCGCCCCUCCGACUCUACUCACUGCCGGUGGUACCAUGUUGUCUUCGGCAGGCCUAAAGUUCCCACCGACCGGGUAUGCGCCCAUUCAGUUCGCGACUGCGCCCCUGCCCCCCGGUCAGUACCUGCACGCGCCCAUUUUCUAUUGGCCGCUGUACCCGAGUCCUCCCGUUUCUCCCACGGGAUACUACAUGCAAGGACCGCCAGGACCACCGCCCCCGAUGGGACCCCAACCCUCUUUGAUCCAAGCAGAGUGUAUGGGUCUACCACCACCGCUGGCCACAGCGUUGCCGAACUUGCAGCACAUCGAUGCCAGAUUGUUGGAGGCCACUUCAAGACCAAUUAGCUGCGGCGACACCCUCUGAUUAAUCCCAAUCGUUAACAAAGGAAUUCAAUAAUUCUCGUGUGUCACUUUUCCUGUCAUUUCUUGGCCAGUCUUUCUCUCUCUCUCUCUCUCACACACUCUCUAUCUCCUCGCCUAAAAAUGAGAUUUAUUAACACAUUACGAAGCCAAAUACUAUUCGCUAAGGUGCCUUUGAAAGAAUUAAAUUAUAAACUUGCCACCUAUUUUAAGUAUCAAUUAAAAAAAUGUAAAUUCGCUCAAAUCUCGUAACUAUUAUAACUGUAAGUGCAAUAAGAAAAGAUUGAUGAUUACUAUAUGUAAGUUUUUAUAGUGAUAAUGUCUUAGUCAAAUCUUAUAAAUAGUGACUAUAAUAUAUGGAGUGGCCUUGCGCUGCCACGCUAUAUAACGCGUAUCCUUUAUUGUAUUUUCCCAGUUUUAAGAACUGAAUAAACCUUAUUUAAUUAAAUCAUAGUAGAUAUAUUGAAUUUAAUAUAAUUAUAUUAGAUUUUUAAAUGACAAAUAGUUUUACAAGAAGAGAUUUAAAAGUUUAUAAGAGAUCUUGAAUUGGUUUAAAUAAGUGCCUACUUAACAAUACACGUUAGAUAAACACUUAAAUGCAAUGUGAUUUUUUUUAUUAUUAUUAUUUAGUUUUAAUUUCAAUCUGUUACUUACAUAAUCAGUGAAAAACAAUAUUCCUUACAGCUUAUUACAUAAGAUUUACUCUAUAUAGAGCCCCGUUGCAAUUUAUAAAUUGUUUUUUUUUUGUUUUCGCAUUAUAUGUAAUGAAUGAAAUAAAAUAUCAAUUGUUGAA